AUGUCUUCGGAGGAUACCUUCGAAGACGAUGGCUCUGCAAGACCUCGACUUCAUGCAGCUCGAUCCUACACGCAGAUACAAUCAUCGGGUGCAAAUCCUUUUGCGCGGAGCAGAUCAAAGACUAUGCAGGCUGGGCCAAUUUCCGAGAAUGGGGAUUCGGAACCGAUGCCACUGCCAUUGCCGCUAAAUGGCCAGGAACUGACUGGCAGUCCCGAUGUGUUUGAGAAGUCGGACCCGAUGGAUACGAACCCGGGGGACGAGGGCGAAGAAGGCUCCUUCAUAUCGCGGAGCUUGCAGGGAGAGCCGGUGGAGCUGCCAAUCGAACUGAUCAGCUUGACCGAUCGAUUCGUCGGAUCCCUCAACGCCAAAGUUCAUUCCUCUCCUCCUACCAUGGAUAGGAUCUCAAAUAUGUUUCAAGACUUCUAUGCUCGGGCAGACUCCCAUAUUGCCACACAUAUCUCUGCUCUUGCCUCUCGGAUAAAUCGCGAGCCGUCACCUCACUCUUCACCGGAAAAUGCGCGGGGUGCAACCCAGACAAAGGCCAAUGCGAAGGGAGGAAAGGCUGUUACAAGCCGCCAGAUGCUGACAGCUGUAGAAGUGGCUGAAAGGAGGAAAGCUCGUCGAUUCCUGGCUCGCAAACGUGUUGCGCUGGAAGAAGCUGUGGAACGACGCGCAUGUGAAAGCAUCUACGACAAGAUAUGGCGGCAUAGAAGUACGCUGGAUGAGGUUCGAGAUGAAAAGCUGCGUUCGAAGACCGCCGCUCUGUCUCUAGUUGGAACCGACUUGAAAGAACUGGGGGUUGACAUUGACCUUGCGGCUGUUGACGAAGAAAAGCAACAACAAACGAACGAAUGUCUCGCCACUGCGCGAGAGUGUCUCAUCAAAAUGAAUGAUGAAAAAUACCCGCUGGGGAAGCUUCAACAUUUGGCCGCCGCAUAUAAAGCGAUUGUCGAUGCCCUAACCAAGUUAAUAGGCUCGUCAGCCUCUGCCGACGAGAUUCUACCCACGUUGAUCUACUGUCUCAUUAAUUGUCCGCCAGAGGGCAUCAAUAUUAUCAGCAACUUGUCCUUCGUGCAACACUUCAGAUCAUCAAGCAAGAUCGAUGGCGAGACCGCCUAUUGCUUAACUAACCUUGAAGCUGCGGUCAGCUUCCUAGAAAAUAUAGAACUUUCUACCCUGCGUACCGGAGAGACACCAGAUAGCCAUACGUUGCCGCCAAGUGAUGCAACAGCCGCUCUUGAGAAGUCUGAAUUCCCUCGCCUCGCACAGGAAGGUCCAGUAUCGUCGGUGACGCCAGCCUCUGCAUCUCCGGAAUUUUUGAAACCGCCCACUCAGCAAGGCAUUCCCGCCACAUUGCCGAGACCUGCAGCAUCUUUAUCGCCUCAGCAGCGACGGCUGAGUAACCUUUUUCAGCCCCCCGCAAAGGUCUUGGGCGCUGCCAAUGACGCCGUCCGAAACACAGCGGACCAGGGCCUCAAAAAUAUCGGUGCAACCCUAGACAGCAGCCUCAACUUUGUAUUUGGUCGCCUUAAGGAGUUACAGGCAAACCACCAGGGUUCCGGUGUAGAAUCUCUACCCAAAACCUUGGCGGAAGCCCGCCGUCUUGUUGCAAACCCGGCGGAUGGGGACAAGAAAACAUCGGCUCAAGAGGAUAAUCUGCUCCGAGGAGAGACCCCUCCCACAGAGCGUACACACAGACCCUCUGAAUUGACAACCGAGGAAAGAUUGCGAAAUAUUAUGAGCGGGGGGAAGUCGUCCCGGGAUAGAAGUACGGAUAGCGUUCGAACCCAGAGCAGUAGUACUACCACAACACUCUCUGGUUCCCUACUCAAGGACGAGGCACAAACGCCAGGCUCCCUGCCGCCGGGACCCAGCACCCCUAUCACGCCUCUCGAGUCAAUGAAGAAUUUUGGAACUUCAUUUAACCCAUUAAGUCACAUCCCAGGAAUGAUCCGGAACCUGGGCCGCAAUCCCACCGAUCCUCCUACUCCUUCUCAUCCCUCCCCCGAAGUGAAAACCGCUACCGCAGACAAGACCCGUCUUCAGCCCACUCCCGCUAAGGAGGCUUCCCGACCUACAGGUCCUAAGCCGGACCCUCCCAUCCAGCGGUUCCUCGACAUCAAGGACGUCCAUGAUCUGAAGAUUGGAGAUAUAUCUCUUCUAUUAGAGGACUACAAGCGGCUUGCGGGGGUAUUAUUCGGACAGGGCGCAGGCCAAGAUUCUACAUAG